AUUUGCAAUAAAAUUGUUUAGUUAUCAAAGUUUACAAUAUUUGCCGUUUUUUUAUAUAUUGCGAAAAAUGAAUAAAAUAUCAAUAAAAUUUAACGCAUUGGAAUAAAUGUGUGUUCAUAACAACAAUUGGAUGAACCGGCAAAAUCUAUUACCGGAGAUUUUCGGUAGACACAUCUGAAAACACAAACAAUCUUUGUUAGGUUUAAAUCGUUUAAAUUGACUAAGGCAGGACUUGGAACGAUUAAUUGAUUGCUAGUAUGGAAAGCCAAAACUACGAAGAAAACAUGUUGGACAUCGAGCCUAUUCUCGAGUAUUUUCCAAUGGCUCCAUACGAGGACAUUGCACCCAUUCUCGAGUACUUUCCAAUGACUCCGUACGAGGAAUCGCAAUGCGGAACAGAAACAUUCGACGUUCUUGAGAGCAAUGCAGAACCGCGCCCAUUGGAAGAAAUUCUAUCACGAAAAGAUAUUCAACCAGCAAGUCCCGAAUACGGAGAGUUUAUUGAUCCUGAUAUGUUUCUGAACGGAAUUGUCAAGAGGGAGAGUGAAUCGGACUGCUCGUCGUCAUCUCGACGAAAUACUCCAUCGCCCUCAGACAGCAAUAGAAGCUUUGAUACGUACCCGUCAAGCGGUUAUGGAUCAUGUGAAAGUGCCAAAACUAACUACGUCUCACUGGACAGCCCUCCGGUUUCGCCAGAAAGCUUAACUAGCACUUCUUGCAAUGUUGUACGUAUUGGAACUGCACAAAUUCCAAUUGUUCAAAAACCUGCUUCUCUUGGCAAUUUAUCAGAUUUGAAGAAAAUAAAACUUCCUCCUAAAGGAUUUUCUAGCAGCAGCGGUCAAGCACCAGCUCGCGUCCUUUCUAAAGGUAUUACUAAAAAAACAAUAGUAUUGGCGGCCAAAGAUUAUCAAAAUUUAGUGAAGAACAUAAAAAAUCGAUCAAACAAUGGAACAAUUUUAAUUAAAGCCACUCCUGCUUCAAGCAUUUUGCCACCAGUUUUACGCAAACCGGUGUUGCCUAAACCAGCACAGCAACCGACAGCGACUGUAACUACGUUACAAGAGAAGAAACCCGACUUAAUAAACUCUUCAUCGAGCACACUGGAAGAACCGUUUAUAAACGGUCCCAUAAAUGAAAGGAUCAUCAAGCGACAUCAACGUAUGAUAAAGAAUCGGGAAUCAGCCUAUCUCUCAAGGGUACGCAAAAAAGAGUACGUAACUUCCCUGGAGCAACGUAUUGAUGUGUUGACUAAGGAGAACGAGUAUUUGAAAAGUGAAAAUUUGAGGAUGCAUGAAAAGUUGAAGCUCAAGUGUUCUUGCGCAACUAUGAACACCGGAAGCAUGAGCAUCAUUUCAAAGCAGAUCCAAACAUCAAAUGCACGCAAGAAUACAGCGAUUGUACUGGCUAUGUUAUUUAUGGUUUCGCUCAAUUUUGGACCUUUUGGUAAUCUAAUCGGCAAGAGUAGCGACCGUGCCAUAGUGGAAAAAUCUGCUCAAACUUUUCGUCAGAAGCGGAGCCUUCUUUGGCUUGACGGUUCUAAUCGUUUAGCUCAACAAUCGCAAAACAUCAACUUAAGUAUGAAUUUCACUAAUCUCGACGAUCUCUCCGACGUGGUGGAAGAGCCGUUCUCGGUUUGUCCUUUCUAUGUAAACCAAACAGAAAACAUUCGACUGGCUAGUGAACUGCGACGAUGGAUUGGUGAAAAUGGGUAUAAAAAUUUGACCGAUCGUGACGGCAACGAUAUGAGGAUUAACUCGUUUUCGGAAAUGUUUGCCUUGAAAGAUACGAUCGAUUCGAUUUACAAGCAAAUGAAGGACAUCAGUUCGCAGAUGCAAUCCUUUCACAGGAAGGGCAAAGCGAAGCGACAUGUAUCGAAAAGCAUGAAAGCGAAGCCAUCGAAGCUUCUGCAGCAGCGAAAGGCAAUUCGCGAUAGUGAGCUUGCCGUUUACUAUCCGGGCUUCAGUAAAGCAUACGCCAGCUUUUUCGAAGAGAUUGGACGCCGAGACGAUACCUUCUAUCUGGUCUCGUUUAGCGGAGAGCAUCUGCUGCUGCCGGCUUUGGCCUACAAUAAAACUAACCGGCCCAAAAUGUCACUUAUGUUGCCAGCGUUGAUGGAAAAUACCACUCAUCAUUCGGAAAAAGUAUCCUUGAUGCAGAUCGAUUGCGAAGUGAUGAACACUUCAAUAAUACAGAUCAGAGAGAAAGUGAUUCCAGGAGAUCUGUUGCGAUCGCAGGCAAGAACAGAUGAUUCUUUCGCUAAAACUAACGCAAAACAGGCAGCUUCGAGGUCCACAACACAUUUCAGCGACAAUAAUGGACAAAAUGUCACCACUAAUGGCGAGCAGCAGAAUGCCAAACCGGGCAGAAGGUAUCAAAAUAAGCAUCAUGCUAGUAGACCUUUUUUUGUUCAGCGUAUGAAUGAAAAUAUGCGCAACGAACUGGAUUUGAACUGACUAUUCCACACACAAUUGUAUAAUUCUGUUUUUUCUUCUAAUAAGCCAGCUAAAUUAUACAAAUAAUUUUUUUCAUAUUUUUUUUGCAAAGUGCAAUUUAAUAUAAAAAUUUAAUUAUUGUUAAAAUGACAAAAUGACGUGCAUGAUGCUAUCAACUAAAGCUGACGAAUACAUAGGAUCGAAAAGGGCUGUUAUACUAACAAUAUACUUAGAAUGUAAGGCAACUAAUGUUUAAAACACAAAUGAUUCGUGCAAAUUUAUGAAAAUAAUAAUAAAACACAGUAAUUGGU